AUGCUAAACUGUGUGGCUUCAGACGGUUGCAAGCAGACUCACCCCUACGCACCAAGCAGGCAGCAACCUCAUACACACAUUGUAGUGACCCAGCUAGGUCUAUAUGGUCUAUUCUCCAUAGACAAGAAACUGUUGGCGUCAAAGUCCUCCAAGUUUGUUUACGUGGAGCAUGAAGGAAUCACACUUUACUGGGAAGGAGAUGAUGUGGUCAAGGCACUGAAGACAUUUGAAGUCAGAGAUGAUGACAGCUGGAUCGUGACCUUUCCCAAAACAGGAACAACUUGGGUGCAGGAGAUCAUGUCGUGCGUGAUGCAUGACGGGAACCUGGAGGAAGUCAACAAGCGACAUACUGUGUUCCGAGUGCCGUUCCUAGAGUUUAAUUUGCCAAAGACCGUCCGGGAUGAACAUAAGUUGCCUCAAAGCUACAAGCUGAUUGAGACGGUUCCAUCGCCCCGGGUCAUUAAGUCCCAUCUCCCCGGUCAGUUACUGCCCCCUAAAAUCUGGGACAAGGCCAAACUCGUCUACGUCAUCCGUAACCCCAAAGACGUGGUGGUGUCCAACUUCUACUUCCUCCGAAAAAUCAAUCCCGAAAGGAGCGGCCAGACAUUCAGCGAGUUUUUCGACGAAAUGAUGGCAGGAAAAGAUCCUUACGGUCCUUGGUGGGACCAUUACCUAUUCUUUUGGAAAAAGAGACACCAUCCAAACAUCCUCCUGCUGAGAUUUGAAGACCUGAAAAGGGAUCUGAGAGGCAAUGUUGAAACGAUCAGCAAGUUCCUGGGCAAGGACCUGCCCGCCGAGGCACUGGACGCCAUCACGGACCACUGCACCUUCGCCAACAUGAAGAAGAACCCCAUGGCCAACCCAGACUCCCUCUAUGGCAACCCGGAACCGGCCCCCGGCGCCACCCAAGCGCCCUUCAUGAGAAAAGGCAAAGUCGGAGACUGGAAAUCUCAUUUCACUGUGGCUCAGAGCGAGGCUAUGGACGCCCUCAUUCGAGACAAGUUCUACGGGACUGGAUUGACGUUCGACCAAUAGCCAGCCGCAAGUUGUGGAAUGCCAAGGUAGAAGGGAUUCAGAUUAUUAUGUGUCAGAUCUGUUUUAAAGACAUAAACAUUCAUAUUAAUAGGGCAGCUUGAUAUAAUUUGUUUCUCCAAAUUUAAUCACAAAAAUAAAAGGUUUUACGUGUUUAAUCCAUAGUGACAAUAGAGGGCGCUCCUUUAUAUCUGACAAUCUGGAGACCGUUGUAGCCUCACUCGUAGAAAAACAUCGGUGUGAUUCUGACCCGGCCCUUGUUUCAAUUAAAGGCACGUAACAUUUGCAAUUUUCCGGUAACGUACCUAAAACGAUUAAGAAGAAAUCCUUGCUCAAAGUGAAGAUAGGAUUGGUACCAAACAGUGUUGUAGUACUCAUACUCGGUACUCGUACUCGAGUACUACUCGAGUAAUUUUUUUGGAGUACUCGUACUCGUACUCGAACUCAACAUGACGUUACUGGUACUCGGGCAGCACUACCAAAUUCGCUGAAAGAUUAAUACCAUUGAUGGUGGCACAUUUUUUUUACGUAACAAUGGCGCCAUUUAACGGUGUAAUUAACAGACGGGCCUUAUCGAACGCCUUGACCAAGACUAUUUUCCACUCUUAUUUCUCACUAAAAAGAAUCGUAUUACCUACGCCAGUUAUCUGCUGAUUAAGAAGGUUGUCUUAAGUCUGAGUUUUCGUAUGACGUCAGAAUUGAUCCUCGUAAACAUCUAUUAGAUUAUACACUACGCAUGGAGUGCGAAACAUCCCAGGAAAAAUUAACAUCAAGAAAUUAGGGUUUUUUUUAAACUAAGCCAUUGAUGAUCUCAUCCUUUACAUAAUCGAAGGCGUACAUUUGGUCAUUAGUUGUAAGUUUUAAGUGGAAAUAAAGGAAAGCACAAUUGUCAGCACAGGGCAUUAUGAGCUUAGAUAGGAGAUAUUGCUCUUUAUUGCACAUUCUUCAAGGAACAAAAGAAGAUAGUUUGGCAAAUAUUUACAUUUUCAAAAAGGAAAGCUGAUUGCACCAAUGAACGCAAUUAUUUCACUAUUGCAGAGGUUAUUUCAGAUUUUGCAAUGUAGAGCCUUAAGUUUUCUUACACCACGCCAAUAAUUAUAACCUUCACUGUAAAAUUGGUAUUGGAAAUUCAAACACCUUAUGUACACACUUGCUUACGUGUUUAGGUCUUGUAGCCAUGUUUAGAUGGUUUUUGCACAGUAGGCAAGUUAGCAAGUGGAAACGGAAAUAAAUUGUAAAACGGGAAAUUAUGUAUACUGGAGCUCGUUUUUGAGACACUUGGUGAUAAAAAGAGAGGAAAGUGACAAAGUGUGUGUUGUUCCUGUCUUUGCCUUAGAUCUCAGGACUCAAUAUUUAUAAACUUUUAUAAUUUAAACCUGAUGGUAGUUACAGGCUAUCGUACGAUGCCCUCAACAUGUCCACCUUACAUACAACCACAAAUCGAUGUUAAAAGUGGGUACAACGAAGUUUUUAGAAAUGUGUUUAAAAUCUAAGUAGGUCAGCAGC